AGAGGGUCCACGUCCCUACGUUAUGACGGCAGUGCGUGGAUAACUUAACGUCAGCUAGUCUUAAAACUUCAGUCUCUACAAAUUGAACUGCUUCAAAACCUGCGACGAGUGUGAAACGUCCGAGAUCUACAAACAGAAAUGAGUUCACAAAUCCGACAAAACUUCCACCAGGACUGUGAGGCUGCCAUUAACAGGCAAAUAAACCUGGAGCUAUAUGCCUCCUAUGUUUAUCUCUCUAUGGCAUACUAUUUUGAUAGGGAUGAUAAAUCCCUUCCAAAUUUUGUAAAGUUUUUCCACACUCAGUCCAAAGAGGAGCGUGAGCAUGCUAAGAAGCUGAUGAGUCUGCAGAACCAGCGUGGAGGCAACAUUUUUCUGCAGGACAUUAGGAAACCUGAUAGAGAUGAGUGGGGGAGUAGCCUGGAGGCUCUGGAUUGUUCCUUGCAGCUGGAAAAAAAUGUAAACCAAUCCCUGCUGGACCUGCAGAAACUGGCAGCUGAACACAAUGAUCCUCAUUUGUGUGACUUCAUAGAAACACAUUUUCUGGACGAGCAGGUGAAAUCCAUCAAGCAACUGGGAGACUGGAUAUCCAACCUGCGCCUUAUGGGAGUGCCUCAGAGCGGCAUGGCUGAGUAUCUCUUUGACAAACACACCAUGGCUGCAGAGGAAAGCUAGACUGCACUGAGUUUUUUCUGGUCAGCGCUGAAUGUCAGUCCACCCUUUCUCUCUGAAAUUUCUUUAUAGAACAUAAUUUAUAAAUACUUGGAGUUGUGAAUUUAAGUUGACAUCCUUGUAUAACAACAUACAAAAGUAAAAGGUAAUUUCAAGUUUCAUUUUUUAAUUGAAAAACAAAGGAAACAUAACAUGAUAUGUAAUAUUUAUUAAAGAGUACACUGAUGGACACAAUGCCAAUAA